AUGAGCGGGGCAGCCACUACUGAGUUGGAUGGGUGUGUUGUGCACCCAGACUUGGAGCAGGAGCGGAAGAAGUGCUCAUUCAAGAUUUUGGAUUUCACUUACGCGCUCUAUGGCCCUGAGAAUUUCGCCAUCUUGACGAAGCUGCGUACGGCCCUGUCUCGGAAUCCGGCGUUUGAUCUGAGAUAUCUGUGGGCAAUAGACGGAAGUACGCAACAAUACGUCCGCGCGUGCUGGCUUGCAGAGGAAGUAGUCAAGGUUAUAAGGCAGCUUAAAUUGAUCGACCAAGAUGCCGCUAUCGGUCCUCUACAAGUGCUUGCAGGGGAAGACAUGUUUGUCAUGCUUCACCUAACUAUGUUCCUGCCGACGCUGAAGAACAUGUGCGACGAUGAGCAGGCGCGGUACUGGGUUCCCCUGGCCGAAGAUUUCCGGAUUAUCGGGACUUACUGCCAGACAGAACUCGCUCACGGGUCGAACGUCGCAGGCUUGGAGACCACCGCAGAUUUCGAUGAAAAAACUGACGAAUGGGUUCUCAACACUCCUUCACUUCAGGCCACGAAAUGGUGGCCUGGCGGCCUUGGCAAGUCGUGCACACACUGCGUAUGUAUGGCGCGACUGCGAAUUCAUAACAAAGAUUACGGAGUGCACCCUUUCAUUCUGCAAGUCCGCGACUUGAAUACCCACGAGAGCCUACCGGGCAUCACCCUCUUUCACCUGGGAAAGAAACUUGGUUACAACAGUAUGGAUAACGGCGGAGCGCAGUUUCGGAAUGUGCGGAUACCUCGACGCAACCUGCUUAUGAGGUACUGCCACGUUGAUAGACAAGGAAACUAUCGAACGCUGGGCAACAAGAAGAUGAUGUAUGGAACCAUGACUUUCACAAGGAAACAGAUCAUCAUGGCAGCUGGACCCCACCUCGCCAAGAGCGCUGUGAUAGCCAUCCGAUACAGCGCCGUUCGCCGUCAGUUCCCGAUAAAAAUGAGGGACUCCGGUAACCAGGAAAACGGAAAUAACGCCGAAGCGCAAGUGUUGGACUACAGCACUCAACAGCUCACUCUCUUUCCGAUACUCGCUGCAUCGGUGGCUUACACGAUGACAGGAAUUUGGAUGGAUGCCUUCUACAACACCUUUAUUGAAGAGGCAAAAAAGGGAGAUUUUUCGAAGCUAGAGGAGAUUCACGCGGUCACAAGCUGCCUGAAGGCGACAAUAACGCUCGCCGUCGCAGAUGGAAUUGAGAAAUGCAGGAAGGCGUGCGGCGGUCAUGGAUAUCUCCUCGCUUCCGGCAUUCCAAUCCAGUUCGUUAACUUUGUUCCCGUCGCGACAUAUGAGGGCGACCGAGUCGUUCUCUCGCUCCAGACCGCCCGCGUGCUCAUGAAAAUCGUCCAGCGGAAAAUGAUGAAUAAAUCCCCGAACCCUGCUAUGAUGGGAAGCACGCUCGAAUACAUUUGGAACUUUGACCCGUUCGAAGACCAGCAUGCAUUCACAGUCGAUGAUGGCAUCUGGAGCGACCCCGAGAGGAUUCUGGAGGCCUUCAAAAAACGAGCCUGUGUGCUGGUCUACAAGGCGGCUCAACAGUUUGCAUCAGAGACGAGCAACGGCGCCACAGUGAUGGAAGCCAUGGAUGUUUUGAAAGUCGAGUUUACUCGCCUGACCGUCGCGCACGCGCAUGUCCUGAUUUUGCGACUCUUUCUGGAGGGCAUCAACCGCCUGGAACCGAGCGCGAUCCGCGACGUCUGGGUGGACUUGUGGUUCUGUCUCGCUCUCGCGUGGUGCGACGAAUAUUUUGGCGACUUCGUCAUUACACGAGCGUUCGGCCCUGAUCACCAUGACGGGAUCAUGGUUGCUCUGAAAGCAAUUCUACGAAAAAUCCGCCCCAACGCGGUCGCUAUCGCGGAUGCUUUCUGGAUUCCAGACCAGUUGCUGAACUCUGCAUUGGGCCGGUACGACGGGCGAGUGUACGAGGCGCUGCUGAACUCGACAAAGUUGGAACCACUGAAUCGCACGGAUGUCCCUCCGGGAUACCUCGAGCACAUUCAAUACAUCCUCCAUCCCGACAGGCGAAAAAGAGCUUCGCCACUCCACUGCAAAUUGUAG